AGUAGCAGAACUAGGAGAAAGAUCUUUGAGGUAGCUUGAGUACUAGUGUUGACUGUAUUAAACACUGCACGCAAGAUGGGGUUCCUUCGCUCGGAGGACAUGGCCCCGGGCGUGCUGGUGCUACCUGCGGAAAAGGCACCCACCUUCAUGAACGUGAUUGGCAAGGGAUAUCAUUUGCGAAUCUUGAGUCAAGUCAAUCUUCCUCAAUCGGGAACGCUUGACGGUGUUUUCCAGAACGACCUUCCGCUAACCGAAGUUUCCGGUGCGUUGCAUCGAUCUUCGUGGCGCGGUAAGUUUAGUUGACUUGACGCAAGUCUUUGGCUUGACUCAAGAUUUGGCAUGGAUACAGGCACCCAAAUCCAGUUCCAGGAUAUGAAAGGGAGUCAGGUGAAUGCUGCGCGGCCCUACAAGAAGUACGUGCAGCGCUUGGAUGAUGCGGAGCGCAUUGUGCGGUAAGCGCAGUUCUUUGGAGAGCAGUUGAUACACCGAUUACUUCUUUUGCUUGGUUGUUUUGUUGCCUCAAUCAAUAAACAACAUGUCCCACUGUGCAUCGUCCCGUAAGGGAACAUUUAUUUGCUGCUAGCCAUGCGCAAACACCGACUGUUGGCACACGAAGAUGAAGGAAAACCCGGGAGCUGAAGACGCGCAAUAAAGAAAGCGUUAUUCUUGCAAUUCUUUUUCACCUGCCUAGGUUCCUGAUCGCGGAGGUAUCGAAGUUCGGAUUUGCGUACUACAAGAAUGACGUUGACGGUUUUUUGGAGGAAGCUGAUAAGUACAAACUCGACGCGGUUGAAGCUGAUUUGAAGGCGGUUUACAAGCAAUUUGUGGAUUUCAAAGCGAACAACGCCGCUCUGAUUACUGGUUUUACUAUUUUUAGAAUGUUAAUGUUUAUUUGUGUUUGUCAUUGUUUUUGUUUUUACCUGGAACAAUUCUCGUCUUCACGAAUGAUGUAAAGAUUUACUUCACCACAAUCAACAUGUACGUACGGGUCUGAUGAAACUUGUCGGUGCAGAUGAGUAGACCCAUCCAAAAACGCAGCCUCUACCCUAUCUUACUUUUGCAUUGCACCUAAAACUGCAGAGCGUAACCAGGCUAUUGAAGAAAAAUGGGUGGUGGAGACUUCGCUGAGCACCUUUGGGACCUUGGUGCGAACAGGCGCAACCACGGACCAGCUGCUGGAUACGGCCAAAGUGGAAGGCGGUAUAGUACUUGGCGCUCUUUAUUUUUAUCAAAGUGUCAAAGAACAUCGGGGCGCGUCACUGAGAAACGUGGUUAUGCUUUUCAGUGACGUCAACAACGCAAAAGAGAAAGAACUAAGUAAAAGAGCAGCUACCACAUGUCAUAGUUGUCUGCGUCUACUUCUUUUCCCGAUUUUCUUUGGCAAACCUGACACGUUUAUAGGUAUGACGUUUUCCAACAUCGCGGGGACCAUCUGCGAAGAGGACCAGCAGCGGUUUGCCCGGUUCCUGUUCCGCAUGUCGCGUGGGAACUCGUUUACCAACUUCACUCCCAUCGGCGAUCUGAUCGUCGACCCCAAGACAGGGAAGGAAGUGAAGAAGAGCGUGUUUGUGGUGUUCUUCCAGGACGUGAAGGGCGCCACCGAGGGCGUGCUGUACAACAAGAUUGUGAAGGCCUGCGCCCAAUUCGGCGUGAACAACUACGAAUGGCCAUGUAGAAUAAUGUUUGCAGAUUUAAUAUUCUAGCUACAACAGUGUCUGUUGUGCGAAGCCCGUUUUUGAAUAGUUGAAACAAAAAUCAACUACGCGUAGUACCACAACUUCUACCUGCGAUGUUGUAAUCUUUCCAAAACGCGUCACUCCAGUCUCCGGGCAGGACGCCCGCACGCGGUUGGCGGCGUUGACGCAGUUGGUGGCGGACAAGAAAUAUGAAUUGCAAAAGUGUCGUACUCGUAUAAAUGCAUUACAAAUUUCCUCAGCAUGAGAAAGGAAGAUUUGCAAUGCUGAUUUAAGUACCUUAAAGAAAAGAUUUGUAAUGCAUGACUGCAAUUCCUACGAGUACGAUACUUUUGCACAGGAUAAGAAAAAGGCCCAACUGGCUUUCGAGUCGUAUGUGAUCGGGGAGUCCGCGCGCCUGCUGUCGAAGACGCAGACCGGCAACAGUUUGCUGGAGGACUGGUAUCCUGAGUAAAAGCGUCCCCAUCCCAGAGUUGUCAUGCAGAUUUGCAAAGACAGGAAGACUUGUAAUGCGCAUCCCCAUGAGAGCCAUUUCCAAUCGUGUUUUGGAAUUUGUGAUGCUGCAAAUAGGAUGAGGAGAUGGCUUUGCGAUGCGGCUGUCCUUGCGAAACUGCACUACAAUACAGAGGGGUGGCGGCGUCUUUGGGUUGAUCAACUCACCCGAAACACAAUGCCAUCCCGUAGUUGCACAGUCUGUUUAUGUCAUGCGUGACUCCCAAAACUUCCGCGUUUGUGUUGCAGAUUUCCCAUCUUGACUAUGGGGUGGGGAUAUUUUUCCUCACAAUAACUGGCGGCUGUUCUGCAUGAAGGAGAAGUCGGUGUACGCCAUUCUGAACCAGUGCGAGGGCGAGACCACCCUGCGCAUCAACGUGUGGUACCCAGCCGCGGACGAGGAAUCCAUCCGCACGCUGCUGGUCAAGAACUCCGACGCGAAUGGGACGGCCUACCUCAUCUCCGACAAAACGCGGUCCAUGAAGAACGCGCCCACCUACUUCCGAACCAACGACUUCCUCGGGCCCUUCCAGGACUUGGUCAACACCUACGGCGUUCCGAGAUACAAAGAGGCCAGUCCCGUGCCGUUCAGUACUCUACACAAAGAUCAAAAUGCUAUUUUUCUGUCGGCGAACAAUCGCGCAAAGUGCUCCUGCAAUGUAGCAUUUCGACUUUAUUUUCCUCCCCAACUACUACGCUGGGGAGAAUUCAUCGAGAGCGCGGGCUUUUUUAUCGCGCACCGACAUCUUGCGCGACGUUUUUGAGAAGUUUUCGAAGGCAAGAAGCGGUGAAAAGAACCGUAUUAAUUCAAGCAAAAAUAAACAGCUGCGGUGACAUUUCCCUUCAUCUUUGGUAUCAUGUACGGAGAUGUUGGACACGGAACCCUGAUGUUCCUCUUCGCCCUCUGGUGCUGCUUCAACGCCGGCUCCCUGCAGUACUCGCAACCGGGGCUAUACAGUGCGCGCUUCAUGCUGCUCCUCAUGAGCAUCUUCGCGGUCUACGCCGGCCUGUUGUAUUGUGUUUCUAUUUUGUUUCAUCCCAGAGGAGCAGCGCAGAAGAAAAAUUUAUCACGCUUUCUGGGCAGGCAUGUGGAUCAUCAGUUUCUGCUGCGUUGUAUCCCUCAAUUUAUUGCUACCAGUCUUCGACGAGUGCGACAGGCGAAGAAGCCACAUUCAUCUCAUAUACAACUUGCAGGUACAACGAUUUUGUUUCCCUGGGUAUGAACCUGUUCGGAACAAAAUGGGCCACGGACGCAAAAGAAACAGAUCCCAUACAGAACUACUAUCCACUGUACGACGUCAAAAACGAAGGCGGGCCGGGACCUGUUCCGUUCGGUAUGAAGGCUUUAUUUUUACCCGCUACUUCACUCUUGAUUCAGGUGCAUUGUUUUUUGUCUCCCGCCCCUGAAGGUACUUAACCGCUUUUCACGGUGUGAAGUUUUGCAAACUGAGUUCGUCGAGCUAAGGAGUAAAAACAAGUACGCCCAACAAAAAAUCCAAGGCAUUGACCCGGCUUGGGCCGGCGCACAAAACGAACUGCUGUUCAUGAACUCGCUGAAGAUGAAGAUGGCGGUGCUGUUUGGCGUGUCGCAGAUGUUGGUGGGGGUGUUUCUGAAGUGGAGCAACGCCAUCUACGAAAAGUCCGUCGUGGACUUCUGCUGUGAGUGCAUUCCGAUGCUGAUGUUCAUGCUCAGCUUUUUUGGGUACAUGGACUUCAUGAUCAUGUACAAGUGGGUCACCCCGCUGGACAACCCGCCCUCGCUGAUCAACUCGCUGAUCAGCAUGGCCAUGCACCAGCCGGACCCCGCGCCGCUGUGGGACGGCAGCAUCGCGUUGGAAGGUGCGCUCUUCGGCAUGACGUUGCUCUCCGUGCCCUGGUUGCUGUUUCCGAAGAUGGUUGUGCUCUACUACCGAUCCAAGGCCCACGAAGAGCAUGCCGCGCUGCCCGACAAGGCGGGCCACGAGGAAGUCGAGGAACACCCACCAUUCUCAGAAGAGGCGAUUGAACAAGUAUAUAUCAAAUGUCUACCAAAAUAAUCAUUGCUCCAAGUAGGUCCUCGGUAGUUCUUGUUGUCCUCCUUGAGUAGAAAGAUGAACGCCAGAAGGAGGAGCGCGAUGUUCUUGCACAGUUUAUUUGUUGCAAUGAAAACAAGCAACCCGGUCGUCGUGUGCAAAAAAUGAAACUACUGCAGAUCAUUUUCACGAUUGAAUACGUCCUGGGGACGGUCUCCCACACUGCUUCGUACCUGCGUAUGUGGGCCUUGAGUUUGGCGCACCAGCAGCUGUCGCUGGUUUUCUUUCAGAAGACCUUGGCCGGCGCCAUCACCAGCGGCAACCCUUUGGCGGUCUUCUUCGGCUUCGCAGUCUGGCUGAUGGUCACCUUCGCGGUGCUCCUCUGCAUGGACUCUCUGGAAUGCUUCCUACACACGCUGCGUCUGCACUGGGUCGAGUUCCAGUCUAAGUUCUUCCACGCCGACGGGCAGCUGUUUGAACCCUACAACCACAAGCAGCUACUGUCCAUCGACACGUCUUCAUAGGCCCCCGCGCGGUCAAUGAAUAUACAGAAACCUACGGCGCCUUCGUGUGCAGAUGGGAGAAGUGCGCUGCGGCUGGAGGUGGCGCAGAGGAGAUUGAUACUUACUUACUUUCUCCGACCACACUUUUCAUGUCCGCGGUGCACGGUCUUUCUCUUCUAAACCGAGAGACAAGCGGAUAAACUGCCUUUCAACUACUUUUACCUGGGACGGGGCAGGCUGGUUUGUUCUCGUGCACUGAAAACGAGAGUACAACAUGACCGCGCUGCGUUGUGCUGCAUAUGAUUUUUUCACGACCGAACUUGGAUUUUCAUGAUUCUACUCACUAUUCUUUUACGAUUGCAUGAGCACUCCUUUAUGCUCCAGCGCGCUGAUGUUUUUCAGCGAGCCACAGCAAAGUUCUUGAGGACUGAUUGUUUGAUUUCUCACUGAGAAGACAGAAACACAGACACCUGUUAUCAAUUUUCGGGUCUGGGAAGAAAAAGAAAUACUUCACAGCUGUCGUCUGGAUGGAAAGGGUGGAAAACGUC